GAUACAUUUGCUCUCCGGUGCGCACUGCGAUCAGUCUCUCACAGCCAGCGAAUAGCUGCGUAUCGCAUCGCUGCGAUCGAGCGCCGAGGAAAAUCGAGCCGAGGAAAACGUAUUUCCACUUGCCUGACCAUAGAUAUUUUGCUGGCGCAGCUCGCACUCGCGACGGCCAAUGAAAAGUGCAGUGAAUGUACCAUUUGAACGAUUUUUUUUCCUGUUGCGCGGUUGCCAGUGCGAAAGAAGAAAAGUAAAGAAAAGUGCUAAUUGUGCAAUUGCGACUGCAAUUGAUUGACAACCCGAACGAUCGAUCGGUCCGUCCAUUCAUCCAUUUUCAUUUUAUCGGGGGAGGGCAGUGCGUUGGAUCGUUAGAUCAUUCAAAGUCAAAGAUGCAAACAUGAAGCCUGCCGCCGCCGUCGCGAAUUCGAAUUGAAAGGCACUAAAUAGAAGGCAGCGAAAGGCAGAGCAGCAGACGCAGAUCAUCGCAGAUCACCGCAGAUCGCAAACAACAAACCAACGAGUGGAGAAGCGAAAAAAUGAUGCCGCCAAGACUUCCAGGCGGCCAUGGAGGAGCCAUGCGUAGUCGGAGCAGCAGCAGUGGCCACCACUUAAACACAACGUUUCACAAAGGCCGACGGAGGCGACAGCAGCACCACAUCGGUGGCAGCCACAUCAGCAUCAGCCACGGCAGCUACCUGGCCCUGCUACUGCUGUCCACCACCUGCUCCCUGGUGGCCACCAGCGCCUCCUCGUCAUCCUCCGCUGCAGACACAGACAUUGCGCCACCAGAUCCGCCGCCGGUCAGCCAGGUGUCCAUCGCCUCCAGCUCGCCCUGCGCCCCACAGCAUUGGUGGGACUCGCAGCGGGAUCGCUGCACACCGUGCACCCGCUGCCAGGGCGAGAUGAUACCGCUGCGGCCCUGCCAGCUACACACGGACACCAUCUGCGGCUCCAUAUACGACCUCAAGAUCGACUGGGUUGUCCUGGCCAAGACCGAACCCAACUGGAAGGAGCGCCGAAAGUCCUCCGAGUAUGAGCACUUCGAGCACAAUGCCCCACUGCAGCACCUGACCCACGAGCAACUGCAGCAGCUGCACGAGGAGGCGGCCGCCGCCUGGGUCCUCGACUGGCAGACUGGCGUCCUCUACGUGGCCGUGCUCACCUGCCUGGUCUUCUUCUCGGUGGCCGCCUGCAUCCUCAUCCACCACAUGCGCCAGUGGCGUCGCAUGGAGCGUCGCCUGGACCAGGAUGUGGAGGAGCUGUCGACCAAGCUGAUGGCCAAGCUGGCGGAGGUGCAGAGCCUGGACGGAGGCACCUUCUUCAUCGGCAACGCGGACGCCUUGCGAGGCCUGCCCGCCUCCGCAGCGACGACGCAUCCAGCAACGACGCAGUCGGGGAUCUUCCAGCCACAACACGUGCUGCUGCCUGAAAAACGCGGCAAGCACCAGGAGCGACGGAUCCUGAAGACCCUGCAGCCCGGCAAUGUCUACAUCGAGGAGAGCAACGCUGGAUUGGGCGGCAUGGGCGUGGGCCUGGGCGUCCGCGGCUGUUCCGGCCUGAAGGGCUGAGCCGGAGAUGUGGUCAGGGGACAUACUUAAGGAGUGGCUAUGCAGGCGCACGGACGCAGGACGCGGAAGGAUGCGAGAAUGGAUCCGGAAAACGAUACGCAACCGGAACCGGAAACGGAAAUGGAUUAGAGAAAGAACUUUGUACAAACAGCCGCUUAAAAGGAGGAGGACGGAGGAAGGAGACCGAAACUAUUAUUAUUUUUUAUAUUAUUAAUCUUAUUCUAAUUAUUACGACUUUUUUUUUGUCCUAAUAUUUAAUUGAAUCGUUAUGUUGACUUGUUUGUAAUGCGCGGACAGUUGAGGACGCGGGCUUCCCGUUGUGGGGAAUCCCGAGCGAUGCGGCAAAAUGUUUUGUACAUACUCGUAGAGAUGAGGCAUGUGGCACCGCCCACGUAUACCCACGUAUAUGAUAGAAGCGAUUUAGAUUAACAAAUCUCUACUUAAUGUAAAUAUUAAGGCGAUCGAACACGCGACCCCAAACGCAACGAACCCACAUCGUUGCGGAGUGGAACGAAACCAAGUAAUAUUGGCAACAUAUCAGCUUCUGUAUGCAUGGAACGCAUAUAGACGCACGUAUUGUUAACAUCACCCAUAUCCCAUAGCCUAGUACUAGUAACCAGAGUAAACAGUAUCCUAUAGUCCCACCAGCAACACACACGUACAUUUAACCGAGUUAAAAUAUCCAACGAGAGCAUUUUCCGGCUAGCUGCUACCGAGCUUAAUCGAAUUAACUGUAACAGUAAUGGUAUAGAUACAGAUAUAACUACUUAUAAUAAUGCUAAUUAACGGAUAACUAUAUCGAUAGGGAGAAAUGUCUAUGUCCUAAGUGCUAUCAGUGUGCAACAGCAAUAAAAACCUUUAUGAUUAUACAA